AUGUCGUCGGCAACUGGCCGGGGCACGACGCUCCCAGAUGAAAUACUGGCCAUGAUCUGCGCAGAGCUGGGCAACGACAACGAUUUUGGUUCUCUAUUCAGCUGUGCUUUGUCCUCCAAGUCCUUUGCAGACCCUGCUCUGCGGACAAUGUACCAACGCCACCAGUUCUCCCCCGUCUUUGAGCAGCGGGAUGAUCUCGUCAUGCAGAAGGAAGUCGACUUCUCGACGAAAGCAGCGGAAGAAAAGCGACUAUACCAGAAAUGGAACCUCCUCUGGCGUUCCAUCAUAUCGUCCAGUCUCGACGAUACGAGGUGGCCGACGUACAAGCCGUACUGCCGGUACAUCACGACACUGGACUUUCGCAAUCUCCUCGCCAUGGUAGAUGACUUCAAAUUCACGCCGCAGGUCCAGUCACAAUUCUUCAAAAAGGGCCUGCAAAAGUUCUGGUUCCCUAAGAAGGAAUUCGCCCGACAAACAGUCGACGGCGUUGCGACCGUGAACGCCGUCGGUGACGCCCUGACCGCAAAGACCCACCUGCUUGAAGAGAUCAACGGUCAUGUCAGUCAAGGGCACUUGUCUGACUGGAUAGCCCUCUCCCCGAAGCUGGUGAGUAUGGUCUUGUGGAAGGGCGACGCCCUGUCCAACGGUGCUGGCAAGGCCAUUGCCCAGCACUGCGAGUCGUUCAAAAGCUUAACCAUACAUGAAUGGUCAAGUCCGGAUGCGGACAUCGCGUGCUCCACCUUCCUCAACGACCUAAAGCCAGACACGUUGGAAUACUUUGAGAUGAUCAGCUUCAACACAUUGGGAAAGCUGUCCUUUGCUGCUCUAGGACGACACAAGUCUCUACGUGAACUAUCAUUGAGCAACCUUGACAAGGAAGCCAUGCUGAAUCUGAACGCGCUCAAAGAAUGCACCGAAUUACACACGCUCAAGCUCGACGACAAUCUGGGCAACGUGCAGCUCCAAAGACUUUACAACGACGUGUUUCUGGAAGUCGUCAAUUGGCUCAGUUCGUGUCGAAAGUUACGAGAUCUGAGCUUGAAGAAAUUCUUGGAUGGGCCUGGCAUUCUCUCACGGGUUCUGUGCUCGCCCAACGUGCACUUGACCAGAUUAUCUCUAGAAGGGUACAACGUGCGUACCACGGAUUCUCAGCUCUUCCACUCCGCACUUCCGGAACAGCAAUCCUUGGAAUCAAUAUGGCUCAAGGGCCAGGGCGAGUAUACCACCUCCGAUGAUCUUGCAAUCAUGGUCCAAGGUCUAUGUGGAUUGAAGAACCUCAAAGAGCUUGUGCUCAAAGAUGUGUCGGACGAAUUUACCGAGACGCAUAUUGCGACCCUUGCCCUGAGCCUUCCGCACCUCGAAGACUUGUGGACGAGUGGUGGCGAGAUAUCUGAGGACAUUCUGGGAAUCUUGGCUGGGCUUGACAAACUCAAGAACUUGACACUCUACGCUCUGACACAAUUCAGCUCCGAAGCCAUCCUGGACUUCUUGGAACGUCUCAAUCCAGUAACACAGAAAGGGUUCAACUUGUCUUUGAUGGCCGCGCACCCUGACUAUGACUUGACCGAAGCGGAGCAGGAUUUAAUCCGAGAGUACAUUCGAGCAAACCUGGAUGGCCGCUUUGACCUUGUUGUGUGGAGAGAGCUUGAAACAAGCGACAGUGAGGACGAUUGA